CUUGAGCCCUGGAAUUAGGCCUUUCUGGCCACGUGGGAGGCUGUUCAGUGUAGAGCUGUUCUGUGUAUCUGGACUGGAGUGAUGGGGCCAGCCCCUACAGGAGAGCAGCUCCGCGGAGCGUCUGGGGGCCCGGAGGUGAUACCAUCCUUGGAAGGCACAGGCAAGAAAGGGAAGAAGGCAUCCUCAAGAAAGCGUGUAGUGACUGGGUCCCAAGCAGAGAACCUUCUGCAGCCAGUGAAGCUCAGCAGGGCAGAAUUGUACAAGGACCCUACCAACGAGGAGCUGAAUCGCCUUCGGGAGACUGAGAUCCUGUUCCACUCCAGUUUGCUUCGUUUACAGGUAGAGGAGCUACUAAAGGAAGUGAGGUUGUCAGAAAAGAAGAAAGAUCGAAUUGAUGCCUUCCUGUUGGAGGUCAACCAUCGGAUCAAGAGGGUGCCCUCAACUUCUGAGUCAGAACUCACUGACCAGGCAUGGCUCCCUGCUGGAAUUCAAGUUCCCUUCCAUCAAGUGCCCUAUACUGUGAAGGGCUCUUUCCACUUCCUGCCUCCAGCCCAGGUCACUGUUGUGGGCAGCUACCUUCUGGGCACCUGCAUUCGACCAGACAUUAAUGUGGAUAUGGCACUGAUCAUGCCCAGGGAAAUCCUACAGGAUAAGGACCUGUUGAACCAGCGCUAUUUCCGGAAGCGUGCUCUUUACCUGGCCCACUUGGCUCACCACCUGGCCCGAGACCCCCUCUUUGGCAGCGUUCGCUUCUCCUACAUCAAUGGCUGCCACAUGAAACCCUCACUGCUGCUGCGGCCACAUGGGAAGGAUGAGCACUUGGUCACUGUACGUCUGCAUCCAUGCCCUCCAUCUGAUUUCUUCCGCCCAUGCCGCUUGCUGCCAACGAAGAACAAUGUGCGUUCUUCCUGGUACCGAGGGCAGAAUCCUCAAGAGGAUGGUAAACUAGAGCCCCCUACUCCCCACUACAACACGUGGAUUCUGCAGGAUACAGCUCUAGGAUCCCAUGUGCAGCUGCUAUCAAAUGUGCUAGGCUCUGCCCUAGGACUGAAAGAUGGUGUGGCUCUUCUGAAGGUCUGGCUGAGGCAGAGGGAGCUGGACAAGGGCCUGGGUGGGUUUAGUGGAUUCCUGGUCUCCAUGUUGGUUGCCUUCCUCGUGUCCACACGUAAGAUCCACACUACCAUGAGCGGCUACCAAGUCCUAAGAAGUGUCUUGCAGUUUCUGGCUACCACAGAUCUGACAGUCAAUGGGAUCAGUUUAUGUCUCAGCUCAGAUCCCUCCUUGCCAGCCCUGGCUGACUUCCAGCAGGCCUUUCCUGUUGUCUUCUUGGACCCCUCAGGCCGUCUCAACCUCUGUGCUGAUGUAACUGCCUCCACUUACCACCAGGUGCAGCAUGAGGCACGGCUGUCUAUGGCAUUGCUGGACAGCAAAACUGAUGAUGGAUUCCAGCUGCUGUUGAUGACCCCCAAACCCAUGAUCCGGGCUUUUGACCACGUCCUGCAUCUCCGUCCACUGAGUCGCCUGCAGGCUGCGUGUCACCGGCUGAAGCUCUGGCCAGAGCUGCAGGACAAUGGUGGUGAUUAUGUCUCUGCUGCUUUGGGUCCACUAACUACCCUCCUGGAGCAGGGUCUGGGGUCCCGGCUGCAGCUGCUGGCCCACUCUAGGCCCCCAGUCCCAGAGUGGGACAUCAGUCAAGAUCCACCAAAGCACAAAGACUCUGGGACCCUGACCCUGGGAUUGCUCCUCCAGCCUGAGGGACUGAACAGUGUCCUUGAACUGGGUCCAGAGGCUGACCAGCCUGAGGCUGCUGACUUCCGCCAGUUCUGGGGAUCCCGUUCAGAGCUUCGGCGUUUCCAGGAUGGAGCCAUUCGGGAAGCUGUGGUCUGGGAGGCAGCCUCUCUGUCCCAAAAGCGCCUUAUCCCCCACAAAGUGGUCACCCACCUUUUGGCACUCCAUGCUGACAUCCCAGAUAACUGUGUCCACUAUGUGGGGGGCUUCCUGGAUGCACUGAUCCAAGGCCUGAAAGAGACCUCUAGCACAGGUGAGGAGGCCCUGGCAGUGGCAGUACGUUGCUACGACGACCUCAGCCGCAUGCUGUGGGGGUUGGAAGGUCUCCCACUGACUGUGUCUGCUGUUCAGGGAGCUCACCCAGUAUUGCGCUACACAGAGGUAUUCCCACCAAGCCCAGUACAACCAGCCUGCUCCUUCUAUGAGCAACUCCGGGAACAGGCAUCUCUGUUGCCCCGGCUGGAUAAACCCUGCCCAGCGUAUGUGGAGCCCAUGACCAUGGUUUGUCACCUGGAAGGCAGUGGUCAGUGGCCACAGGAAGCCGAGGCCAUACGCCGGGUCCGAGCUGCCUUCCAGCUGCGCCUGGCAGAGCUGCUGACACAGCAGCAUGGGCUGCAGUGCCGUGCCACUGCCACACAUACUGAUGUCCUUAAGGAUGGAUUUGUGUUCCGAAUUCGUGUGGCCUAUCAGCGGGAACCUCAGAUCCUGAGGGAGGUGCGGAGCCCUCAGGGGAUGAUCUCGCUGAGGGACACACCUGCCUCUCUCUGUCUUGAGAGAGAGACAAGGCACUUGCCCCUGCUCACCAGUGCCCUGCAUGGACUCCACCAGCAGCACGCUGCUUUCUCUGGUGUGGCUCGACUGGCUAAGCGGUGGGUACGAGCCCAGCUUCUAGGUGAGGGGUUCACUGAUGAGAGCCUGGAUCUGGUGGCUGCUGCCCUUUUCCUGCACCCUGAGCCUUUUACCCCUCCUAGCUCCCCGCAGGUUGGAUUCCUUCGAUUCCUUUCCCUGGUAUCAACCUUUGAUUGGAAGAACAACCCCCUCAUUGUCAAUCUCAACAAUGAACUUACUGUGGAGGAGCAGGUGGAGAUUCGUAGUAGCUUCUUGGCAGCUCGGACACGACUUCCUGUUAUGGUCAUUAUUACUCCCCAGGACUGCAAAAACUCUGUGUGGACACAAGAUGGACCCUCUGCCCAGAUCCUUCAGCAGCUUGUGAUCCUAGCAGCCAAGGCUCUGCCUGUCCUAGAGAAGCAGCUUAUGGAUCCUUGGGGGCCUGGGGACAUCAGGACAGUGUUCCGACCACCCUUGGACAUAUAUGAUGUGCUGAUCCACCUGUCUCCACGCCAUAUUCCCCGGCACCGCCAGGCUGUGGACUCUCCAGCUGCCUCCUUCUGUCGUGGCCUUCUUAAUAAGCUAGGGACCUCGUCCCUGAUGCCUGUGUUGGGCUAUGAUCCUCCUCAACUCUAUCUAGCACAGCUCAGGGAGGUGUUUGGGGAUCUGGCCCUUUUCUUCUAUGACCAGCAUGGUGGAGAGGUGAUUGGUGUCCUCUGGAAGCCCACAAGCUUCCAGCCCCAGCCGUUCAAGGCUUCCAGCACAAAGGGACACAUGGUUGUGUCUCAAGGUGGCGAGUUAGUGAUGCUGCCCAACAUAGAAGCGAUCCUAGAGGACUUUGCUGUGAUGGGAGAAGGCCUGGUGCAGGCUGUGGAGGUCCGAAGUGAGAGGUGGACUGUGUGAUGCCAGCCUGGAACAGGCUGUAGGUGUACAGCCAGACUCAGCACCUCUGGAGCAAGAUGUCAAUGGGGUGGCCACCCUCAGUGCAUGUGAACACUCUAUGGAGGGUCUGCUGACCUAAACAUAUUGAACCAUCCCCAAAGAAAGUCCUGUUCCAAUUUUCUAUCUGAUGCUCCCUUCCUGAGGUCUGUGGAGUCCCCUGGGCCUGACCACCUGAACUUCCAGAAGACAAGUAGGAGACAGCUCAGAAGGAACUGAACUCAGGCGAUCCAUCUGCCUGGAAGCCAUGGGCUUGUUUCCUUUUCAUUUUAUUUUGUUCUUUCUUGGACUUCUCCCAAAAACAUUUGGAGGAGGGUUUGUGCCUGGGAUUUGUCCCUUUCCCGCUGGGAAGGACUUGUCAGAUCUCAGUGUGCCCUUCACCAUAGUGUCAGGCCUGGUUGGAACCCAGAGAAGGUGUGGCUCUUCCUCUGGGUCACAGCUUGAACAUUGAACAGUAGAAAGGGGGCUGUGAGUGUACAAAUAGAUCUCACUGAAGGGUCACAGUGCCCUCCCGUGCUGGUGUUGCUGCUUCUCAGGGUAGAGACAGUGGAAAAGGACAGGGCAGGAGGGGUUUGGGUGGAUGAAGGUGUGAGGGGACUGGUAUUCCCAGUCCAGGAGAGAUACAGAAAGCACUGGGUGCUACUCCCUGACCUCUCAGGAUAUUAAGUCCUACCCAGCUCUGUGUGGCUGCCCUUUCAUAUCACAAACUGCCCUUGCAGUGGAGUUGCAGACAUGAGCAAGACCCAAGUUCUAUUCUAGAGCUCCUGGGGCCCCAGGAGUGGUAUGUUGCCUCUUUCAGUUUGGGCCACACCCCCUUUCUGGCAACCACUCCCUGCUCCUGUCUCCCCUAAUCCUGGCUGUUUUUCCAGACUCAGCUCAAAUAGUGCCCCUCCUAAGCCCUGCCCUCGCCCCCAGCCUAAGGUGCUCCUUCUCUCUGAACUAUGAGAGCAGUUACUCCCAGUUGAGUUCACUUGGCAGACACGCACAGCAGUGUGAACCCUUCUGUUGUCUUGAUCUCUGAUUUAAAAUUAAAUUGCUUAAUUCCAUCCAUUUUCCUGGCUUGUCUCCCUUUUCACAUGGUUUUAACCUGAUCUCCUUGUCUAAAUUCUAUAAGAACAGGGAACAUGUUUGAACACAGAUUUCUUGGUUUUCUUUAUGGCACUUAGUACAGGGCUUUGCUCAAGUAGGAAACAGAUGUAUGCAGAAGGGGCACCCAGCCAGCCAGAUGGACGCCACAAGGAAAUAGAAAUGAUUUGUGAACUCUCCCAGAGCAGGUGGGAUAGUGAUAACGAAAGAGAGAGUCUGAAAGAAAAGAAAAGGUUGAUUUUUUUUGUGUGGGUGCCUAAUAAGCACUGGGCACAGUUACAUGUUGUCUUCUGUAUUUUUGGGAAUUGGGCUACAAUCAUACCACCUCUAAAGGAGUAUGAGGGGACAAGCUCCAAGGCAGAACCUGUCAUGGAAGGACUUUGGUGCCUGGCCUGUAAGUUUUGUUCUUAAAAUGAUGAGAAGUUAUAAGAGGACUCUGUUAGACUUUGUGGACCAUCACUGUCAUGGGACAGACAGUCCAGUCUAGGGUCGAAAUUGGUGUUAGGAGUACAUUGGUUGGCUACAUCUUUCUGUGUGCUAUAUGUUUUUUGGUUUGGGUUUUUGUUUUUGAGAUAGGGUCUUGCUCAGUUGCCGAGGCUGACCUUGUAAUUGUAAUCCUCCUGUUUCAGUCUCUGG